AUGGCGGAAGUUGAUCAUCACCACGUGUUGUAUCUGCAAGCAUCGAACACUUCAGGAUCGUUAUCAAUUCCUAUACAACUAAAAGAGCUGAAAAUUACGAAAGAAAUUACGACUUUAUCACAAGGUACAAAUUCUGUUUCAGUCUAUUAUUCGAAAUUGAAGGAAUUAUGGAAUGAGUAUGAUAUGAUUGUGCUUGCUCCUAGUUGUGGAUGUCCAAACUCUAAGGAUUAUGUUGAGCAUCUUCAGGAACAAAGGUUAUUGCAGUUCCUAAGUGGCUUAAAUGAUGCUUAUGAUCACAAUAGGAGACGAAUCUUAUUAAAAACAAUUGCACCAACAAUUAACCAAGCCUAUGCCAUGAUAACUGAAGUAGAGAGUGAUACCUCAAUAAAUGUGAACUCUAGUGCUAGGGUAACAACACAAAAUGAUCCACUAGCUAUGUAG